CGAGCGAGAGAGCGAUCAGUAUAUUUUAAGUUUGAUAAGCUGCUGCUAUCUCAAUCCGCUAGCUCGAUAAUGUUAUGGGCUCUGAAGAGGGGGCUUCAGUCUAUGCUUGAGGCUGUUGGCAUGCGGAUAGAAUGUCCGACUACAGUGAAACCACCGCCCCAGUGGUGCAGACAACCCAUGGCCGUGUGCGUGGUGUGCUGCUGAAAGCUCUCUACGAUGAGGAGGAGUUCUAUGCUUUUGAUGGCAUACCAUACGCUGUUCCACCUUUGGGUACCCUGCGCUUCAAAGAACCUCAUGAUCUGAAGCCCUGGCAUGGCAUUCGGGACUGCAGCAAGCCGCUUGAUAAGUGCAUCCAAGUGAGCAGCUAUACGAAGCAAGUGGAGGGCUCGGAGGAUUGCCUCUAUCUGAAUAUCUCGGUGAAAACGCUUAAAAGCGAAGAGCCUUUGCCUCUGAUGGUCUAUGUCCAUGGUGGAGGAUUCAAGGGUGGGGAUGCCUCGAGACGCGCCUGGGGACCGGACUAUUUUAUGCGAGAGAAUGUCAUUCACAUAAGCAUUGGCCAUCGUUUGGGUCCAUUGGGCUUCCUUUCCUUUGCGGAUCCAUCGCUGGAGAUUCCCGGAAAUGCUGGCCUAAAGGACAUAAUUUUAGCUCUCAAAUGGAUUAAUGCAAAUGCUGGGAAUUUUAAUGGCGAUCCUGAGAGAAUUACCGUCUUUGGGCAUAGCAGUGGCAGCAUGGCCGUGCAAAUGCUGCUGGCCACACCUCAAACCGAGGGUCUCUUCCAUAAGGCCGUGCUUAUGGCUGGUUUCUCCCCAGAGCUAAAUCGUCUACCCAAUAUGGAAUAUCGUCUGGCCAAGCAUUUGGGCUACGAAGGCGAGAACAUCGAUGCCCAAGUGUUCGACUUUAUAGCUGCAGCCGAUCCAAAACUAGUGGUCUCUGCAGACUUCUGGACGCCAGCGGAAAAAGCGGAGGGUCGCAUGAUGCCUUUUGUGCCGGUAGUGGAGGGUUAUGUGACUCCCCAGGCGGUGCUGCUGUCUGAACCUGUUAUCUUGCAGCGUACGGCGUGGAGCAAUCGCAUUCCUGUGAUUAUGGGAAGCAACAGCGGCGAAGGAAUCUCCUUUAAUCCGGUUUUAAGGAAUGCAAACUCUCUGCAGGAGCUACGAAAGCAUCCAGAGUGUGUUCUGCCACAGACUCUGCUCAAUCGCUGUGAUCCCGGCCAGAGGCGACAGCUGGGCCAGUCACUGCUCGAUCAUUUCUGUCAGGCGCAUGGUCAUCGACUGUCCAUCGAGCACACGGAUGCAUUGAGUCACCUCUGGACCCACAAUAUGAUGCACUCGCAGGAGCGUUUGGUGCUGGCACGAUUGUCGUACGGACAGGCACCCACCUAUCUUUAUCGCUUUGAUUUUGAUUCACCGGACUUUAAUCUGUACCGUAUUCGGUUCUUCGGAAAGGAGCAGCGCGGCGUCAGUCAUGUGGAUGAACUGGGAUACAUCUAUGUGCUGCCAUCCACAUUUAAACUGGACAAGUCCCGACCUGAAUACACCACCAUCUGUCGCAUGGUUGCGAUGUUCGUAAACUUUGCCGCCACCUCUGAUCCCAAUGCAGAGCUAACCAAACCUUUGGUGGAAUGGAAGCCAGUCACACGAUUCGGACCACGCAUGAUCCUCAAUAUAAGUGAGGAACUGAAGUUUAUGCCACAGCCAGAGCGGCAGAAAUUAACGUUCUACGAUCGCCUGUACGAACAGGCGGGCGUGACUCUGUUUUAGAUACCCAAUAAACCCCAAAUCUAAUCUGCUGACCAUCGAUUGCUUAUCAAUUUUUGUUUGUGGGUGUGUGUGUGUCUCUGGAAACUUUUUAAAUCCAAAUUAUAGCAAUAGAUACUACUACUUCUAUAUAAUAUGUGCAAUAUAAGAGCUUUCGGUAUAGUAGAUUUUGAGUGUAUGUUUAAGAUAUAAAAUAUAUUUUAAGUGGUGUCUGCAAUAAUUUUAUUAGCUUGUUGUUUAAAAGAUAAUUAAAUUUCUUGGUUUAUAUCCAACACUUUUUGCAUUGACCUAGACUGUAGAGCAAUCUUUAAUAUGAUGGAUAAGAUAGGAGAACACUAGAUAAUUAAGUUUGUACCUCGGCAUUGUUAGAGUACAGGUACAGAGUACAAUGCGUGUCGCGUAUUGGUUAUCUUAAUGUGAACCUCUACAACAAUUAUGCAGAGAGCUAUGU